UGAAAACCAAGAUCCAGGACGUGGCGGCAUUAUUGGACCGGGAAUGUCAGACACGGCAGGCUGAGGUAGCCGCCAUGCGUCAAGAAUGGCGAUCGGAAAUAGGUGUGACCACCAAGGACAUUGCCAAUGAACUCCUGAAGCGUCGCAGUGAAAUGGAUGCAGUGAAGGAGAAUCUCAAGGCGAUCGAGGCCAAAGCUACACAGAAUGGAGGCGUCAACAUGAAAGACUUCACCGACUUGGUGGAGAUCGAGUGCAAGGCCAGAGAAAAUGAUGUGGCUGAACUACGCCGCCAGUUGGAGCUUACAGAAGCCCUCCUGGCCAAUGGGAAUUCUCGAGACGUCCAGACUUUGGAUGACUUCGACUUACGCCUCGGUCGUUUGGUCAGUGCCAUUGAUCUGGAACGGGACCAUCGACGCUCUGACAGCGAGCGUCACCAUGCAGCUUUGAGUGACAUCAUGGACUCUGUCAAGGCCGAGCGUACUUUGCGUGCCAACGAGG